CGGCCAGCUGUCCACAGACGGGCGAUGUCACCGCGUGAGAGUCGAUCUCAGUCGCUGGUCGCCUGUUCCACCAUCUUCUGCACACUUCGAACCCGCAACGCACCAUCCUGGCCCUUGUCCUAGUCCUUGUCUGGUUGUGCCGCAAUUUGGCCGGCAGCUUAUUCUCCCUUCGAUCGCUGUCUUCCACCAUUCUUCCAAGCCCGACCUUUUUUUGCCUGGCCAUCGUCGAGGCCAUCAUUCUUCUGUCCUGCAAUUCUAGACGACGGGGGAAAAGAAAAACACCGCUCAGUUACACCCUGGACCGCUUCUAGAACAAAUUGCAAUCAUCUCUUCCUGACAUCGCUGCUUUUGUCCUUUCCACCACCCCACGCUUGCCCACGGGGACGAGUUACUCCGGCUCAUCUCCUGGAGAGGCCCAUCAUUUCACCCACUUGACCGGAUCUACUUGAAGUAUCACUUCCGCCAUUUUUUUGGCUGUCAGCGUCCACCCUACUCGAAAUGGCUGAAUUCGACCCUUCCUUCCAGCGUAGCCUCUAUUUAUCGCCCGACCAGCAGGAUUUGCUCCUCGCUGCCCUCUCCUCUAAUAAUCAGCCAACCAAACCUGGUCCUCAGCCCAAUCUCGGCUCUGCAAACGGCUCAUCUGGAAACGACAUUUUUGACUCAUCUCCUCAGGAUAUUCCAGACUCCGGUCAACUCAGCUUCAAUCCAGACGACAGCCCAUUCCUUGGACUCGACCUAGAUGCUGAAUUCGAUGUCUCAGAUCAAGCCUUGAUUGGAGACCUCCCUGGCAUAGAGGGUGAACAGCAGAUAACUGCUGAACCUCGCGAAAAGAGAAAGAGUCUUGACGGCGGGGAGGGUGCAGAUACAGGGAAAAAACGCAAGGAAAAUGAAGAAAAGGUUGCGAAGAAACCUGGGAGAAAGCCGUUAACCUCAGAACCAACAACCAAACGGAAAGCUCAAAACCGAGCUGCACAGCGAGCGUUCCGCGACCGCAAGGAGAAGCAUCUCAAGGACCUCGAAACCAAGGUUGCUGACCUUGAACGCGCCUCUCAAACCGCAAAUCAAGAAAACACAUUACUCCGCGCACAUAUUCAGCGUCUCCAAGUCGAAUUGAAGGAAUACCGCAAACGGCUAUCAUGGAUCAGCAGUGGAAACAGCUUUUCCCCAACAACUAGCUUGCUAAAUCAAGCGAGAAGCCUGCACGCUCAGUCUCGCUUGAACAAUGAUUUUUCCUUUGAUUUUCCCAAGUUCGGCGACCUACCUGGGGCUCAUAUGAAUAAUAUGGGAUCGUUGGCGAAGGGAAGCCCCAAUGCUCGCAGCCAGACACAUCCAGCCCUAGGUAUCAAAGCUACCAGCCAUAUUGGAGCUACUCCACAGUUCACGCCGUCAAACGGCAGUGCAUUCAGACAAAAUGGCCAAUCUUCCAGCGCAAAUAAGGGCCAUGAAGCUCCUGGAAACACCUACAACUCGCACCACUUUGAAACCUCCCCUGCUACAUUCUCCGAGUCGCCCUCGGCUUCAUCAGAGUCUCAGCACAUAUCAUCGAUAUGCACAUCCCCCGAGUCUAGCCUUACAUCGCCUACCAUCGCACAGAAGGGAGAUGCAUCCAACUCUACACAGGCCAACGGCAACGGGAACGCUAAAAAGAAUAGUCCUUCACAGUGCGAGCUGAAAUUUUAUCAGCAGCUAGGCGAAGCAUGCGGUUGCGUUGAUAACCCCAUCCCCGCAGCCCUGGCAAAGAAGUCAAGUCAAGGUUCUACAAACCCCAAAAGCCCAGAGAAUGCAGUGAGCACACUUUCUCCUGCAAACUCAACGCCAAAUAUGAGCACCAGCACUGCGUCUGAAAAUACAAACAAUACCCAAACAGCAUCUGAUCCCAGCGGGAACGGUUCCGCAACAGCAUCCUCCAACGCGCUCUCUGACCAAUCCAUCCCUAGCUUUGACUGGCUCGCCCAGCAGAAUGGCGGCCACUUUGAUCCAGUUCUGUUCGGCGAUUAUCGUGACCCACAGGACGCUGUUCUUUCUCAGGAUUUCAGCGGGUUCUUUGAUGAUGCUUUCCCUCUACCUGACCUAGGUGCAUUUGAUGCUGCAACCCCCGGCUCCACAGCUAAGACACCUGGAAAGACUGAUGCCCCGGUUACCACGGUAGAUAUCGAUGAUGACGAAGAGGUGGUACCGGGCGAAGACAGAUCUCAGAUGCUAUCCUGCACUAAGAUAUGGGAUCGUCUUCAACGACUGGAGAAAUUCCGCAACGGUGAAAUUGAUGUCGACAACCUCUGCACUCAACUACGUACCAAAGCCCGUUGCUCCGAGGGCGGUGUGGUCAUUGACCAAAAGGACGUCGACGAUAUCGUUACCAGAGCGAUUUGAUUUUUGUUCGUUAAUUCGAGAUUGAUAACUGCAUACCAGUUUCCCGCUUUGAAACAGGGAUCAGACUCCUCGAUUGAUGGCUAUUCCCUGUUUGCGUUCCGCUUACACGCUAGCUCGCUGCUCUUUCUGCUGCUGCGCUCUGUUCCUUGUUCUCGUCCUUGUCCAAUAUUUGUUUUUCAAGCUCUUCGAAGUUUUGGCUACAUGCCCACGUCCCAAGGAUCUUUCGCAGACGGCUCCUCCCUAAGGACGAUCAUGAUGGUCUAUAUACCUCUAUAUUCCUUCUUUUAUUUCUCAUGAGCAUGAACAAAAUAACCUCCACCUGAUUUGUUCUGGAUAUUUAUUGACAUCAUCUCCCCCGUGUUGGUUUGGCAGACUUCUUUGAUUCUUGGCUUGCUUUGAUUCUUGUUGAAAUAUGUAUACUCUCCCGCCUGCAGGACAAGGGCAAUGGGGGAUAACAGAGAGCAAAGUUGACUGCCGUAGCUACGGCUGUUUUCUUGUCCUUUUGUUAUACCACAUGGUAUGCCUGAUUUACUUCACAACACAGAAAGGCGCGAGUGGCCCAGAUGGAUGGACUGGUGUACGGAUGGACUACAUAUUUAGCGUCUAUAGCGUUUGAUUUGUUUAAUACAGAAGAAUCUCUAUCUCCAGAUAUUGAGAGCCAUAUCAUGUGGAUGCUAGCUUUGGUUACAGCAAUUAUGG